AUGAACCGUCAGCCACAAUCCACCGUUCCGAUUGACGACGCGUCUCCGGAGACGUGCAGAAGGUGUACGGAACUCGACAUCGAAUGCUCCCCGCAGUACACCGCCGGCGGGCCCGCUUCGUGCGAUCCGUGCCGCACCGGCAACAUCUUCUGCUCAAGAUCGGUCCGUGUCCGUGUCGAAGAAGAAAGCGGGCGCGAAUACACCAUCGCGGUGCACCGACCCGUUGUGCCGCCGCUCCAUCCUCUCCCGGCUUUGGACGAAAACCCUCCAGACUCAGUUAUCGACGGCGCGACGUGGAUCCGAUUCUUGUCCACCCGCAUGUCGUACAGCUCCGCGUGGCUGCACCACAUCUUCAACGCGUUCGAGCGAGCGAUCGCCUUGCACGGUCACUAUUUCCAAACCGUCCUCGCCCAAAGCCUGCAUACCGUCGCCGACGCGCUUCGAACCGGCAACGAGUCCAUCCGUCGGAUCGUCCGCACCACUCCAACGCCGGCGGAAGAUCGUCCGCGGGCGGUACCGACAGAGCUGCGACUGCUCAGGACCCGCGUGAGCGACAUGGAAGCGGCCUGCGCGCGACACCAGGAGCAUUCUACGCAACGCAUCUCAGCGCUGGAACGUCGCGUGGCCGAGUUGGGAAGGGAGCUGGUUGCGCUCAACGCCGACGUCCGAGAAACGCGUCCCACCGGGGACGAAGAGUAG